AUGCAGCAAUUACUGAAUGCAUUCUAUUAUAUUCAUACAAAUUAUAUAAUUCAUCGAGAUAUUAAACCAGCCAAUAUCUUAAUUGCACGUAAUGGUGUACUCAAAUUGACCGAUUUCGGUCUGUCGAAAAUGAUUAUUUUACCAAAACUCGACUGGAAAAAUCGGCAUACUUAUCUAGUGGUUACAAUGUGGUAUCAUCGCCCUCCUGAAUUGCGAUUAGGUGAACGAAACAACGGUCCAGCUAUUGACAUGUGGGGUGUAGGAUGUAUCUUUGCUAAAAUGCGGAUUUGUUGGCCAAUAAUGCAUGGAGAAAUUGAACAGCAUCAACUUCAAUUAAUUUCAAGUCUAUGUAGUAGUAUUGAACUGAGUCUUUGGCCUAGUGUCGAUUCAUUGCUACUCUACAAUAAAAUGAACUUAUUAGGAGGUGAAUAUCGAAAACUUUACGAUCACAUGAAAAAUUACAUUAAAGAACCAUCAGCACUUCAUUUAAUCGAUCAAUGA